AAAAGAAAAAAGUUAUUUCAAUUCAGGUUGAUGCUUUCUUUAAAUGUUAGGAGACAUGAUGUAUUGACAUGAAAAAGGUCUAUAUAUUGUAAAAAUUGGUGAAAUGAGCAGAGGCUUAAAUGAACAAGCACGUUCGAUAUUCAAUAUGAUACAUUGUUACGAUCAUAAGUCCAAUAUUUUAUAAUGUCCUUUUACAGUAAAAAUUUAUAACUAUAAAUUUUUUAAUAUAGUUCACUAGCUCACCGUUCUAUUUUAUACAGAGUCGAUAUUUCAGACCCUGAAACAAAAAAAAUAUUGCAUGCAAUACUGUGCAGAUCCUAAGUCCAUGCUCUAUCUCUGUUAUACAAAUUUUUCUGUCUUAAAAAAAUAUAAUAUAAGUUGUAUCCAAUGACCUAAAAAGAUUAAGAUUGGUAAUUGGGAAUUGCGAUUGAUUGCGUCUGUCCUUUGGAAAUGUAUUCUGUGGUCAAAGAUUCAAUUCUAUAAAAAGCUUUCGUGACUAGAAAAAAGAUCUUUCGAAGUGUACAAUCAUGAUCAAUUAUGUAAUAUGGAAAAAUAAAGAUGUGAGCGCAUUUAAUUGCUUAGCGCCUUAGCUGGCCUUAACGUUAUGAACCGAUCAUAGAGUAUCACUAUAUCGAAAAGAACUAAGAACUCCCAUUUUGACCAGGAAUUUUUAACCGGUCAAAGUAUAGUGGAUAACUACAAAUUUGUUUGUCAAUGAAUUGUGUGAAUUUUCGUUUUCAGAAUUCUAGUUUAAUUAGUGUUUAUAUUUAAAUUGUGAACAAAAUUUUACACUUAUUGUUAGGAAGAUAUGAAUUCGUGUGAAUCAUACAUAUGUCACAUAUAUUCUUAUGUUUUGUAACAGUAAAGGACGCCAAUUUUCACAUUUGUCAAAUAUUGAUUACUUACGCUCAUUUUUGAGCCAAAAUUAAGUAAAGGUAAUGUAAUAAUAAUCACCUAUAUUGAAAAAUAUAUAACAAUGUGUCAGAUACAAAUAGUUCUAACACUCAUCCUAGUUGUUUCGACUAGUGUAUACUCUCAGAGUAUAUCAGAUGGAGAAAUAUAUCAGUGUCCACAACAUUGGAUAAAAUUCCAAGAUUCUUGUUACCGUUUUAUAAGAAGUCCCAUCAGAGAAAGAGAGGAUGCUAGAAGAAAUUGUCAAGCUUAUCAGAGUGAUCUUAUUACAAUUAACUCUUUAGAUGAACAUGGAUUUGUAUUAUAUCAAUUAUUAUGGCAAGAUCCUCAACAUCGUAAAUGGUACACUGGUAUUAAAUAUCAAAAUGGAAACUGGAUAAAUGAGGGUGAUAGUACUCAGUUACUAAAUAUGGAUAAUGCAUUCUUACCUGAGCGAAAUGAUAACAUAAUUAAUAAAGAUUAUUUGGUAUAUACUUACCACAAUAAUUUGCAACGUUGGGGAUUAGAGAAAGUAACAGGCAGAGAUAAAUUAUUAUAUAUUUGCGAAGCUCCAAUUUCUACCUUACAUAACUUAGUAGAAGAUGAUCGUACUUAUCAAUAUGGUGUUGAAAUUGAUAAUCCUAAUCAAAUACCUAGAGGACCAUAUUUUAUUAAACAACCUCAAGAUAAAGUAUUCGAUGUGUCAAAAAGGAAAAUUAGUAAUGAUGUUUCAUUAAGUUGUCUUGCAGGUGGUUAUCCUGCACCAACAUAUGAAUGGUUUAAAGAAGAUUAUGAGAAGGACAGAUUAAUUGCAACAAAAAUAGAUCCAUUACAAAAUAAUAGAUAUACUGUGAGUGGUGGUACUUUAAUUAUUUAUGAACCCGAUCAGACAACGGAUAGAGGUUCAUAUCAUUGCAAAGCCACAAAUAAAUUUGGUACAAUUAUAUCUGAAAGUGUUGAAUUGUCAUUUGGUUAUAUACUGGAAUUUAAUUUAAAACGUUCAGAAGAGCGUGGAGAUCAAAAUUGGGGUAAAGCUGUAUACUGUGAUCCACCGCAACAUUUUCCUGGAGUAAAGUACUAUUGGGCACGUGAUUAUUUUCCUAAUUUUGUGGAAGAAGAUAAACGUGUUUUUGUUUCCCAUGAUGGAGCACUUUACUUCUCUGCAUUGGAAACGAUUGAUCGUGGAAAUUAUUCUUGUAAUGUUCAAAGUGUUGCAUCAGAUACUGGUCGUAAUGGACCAUUCUUCCCAUUGAGAGUUGAUGCACAUUCUUCCUUUCAACAGUUGAAGUUUCCUAAUAAUUUUCCAAAAGCAUUUCCAGAAGCACCAGUGGCUGGAGAGGAAGUUAGACUUGAGUGUAUUGCAUUUGGAUACCCCGUUCCAUCUUACAAUUGGACAAGAAAGGGUGCACCCUUACCACGUGGAGCAUAUACAACUAGUUACAACCGUGUAUUAAUAAUACCAAAAGUACAUGUCGAUGAUCAAGGGGAAUAUGUCUGUAGAGUUCACAACGACAGAGUUGGCAUUGAUAAUUCUGUUAGAUUAACUAUACAAGCAGCUCCCAAUUUCACUAUUCCAUUAGUUGAUAAACAUAUGGAUAAUAGAGGAGAAUUAACUUGGACAUGUGAAGCAUUUGGAAUACCAGAUGUAACUUAUAGUUGGUUUAAAAAUGGUGAACUAUUGGAUAUGGAAACAUUGCCCCCUGAAGAUAGAGGCCGCUAUUCUAUUCAAGACAACGUUCUAAACAUAAAACUUUUAAAUCCAGAAACGGAUCCAGCUAUGUAUCAAUGUCGUGCGAAAAAUCAGUUAAGAACAAAGUAUUCGUCUGCACAACUUCGAGUUUUAUCAUUAAAACCGUCGUUUAAAAAACGUCCUAUGGAACCUGAAACAUAUGCAGCUGAAAAAGGUAACGUUACAAUUUUUUGUAAUCCUGAAGCUGCACCUAGACCAAAGUUUGUCUGGAAAAAAGAUGGAAAUGUAAUUGGUUCUGGUGGUAGACGAAGGAUUUUAGAAACUGGUAGCCUUAUAAUCAGUCCAGUUUCUAGAGAUGAUGAAGGUACUUACAUUUGUACUGCAACAAAUCAGUAUGGAAUGGAUGAAACUCGUGGGCGACUAAUAGUUUUACAUGGUCCACAAUUUUUGGAAAGACUACCGCAACGCAUAACUACAUCAGUCAUGCAAAAUCAAACUUUACGAUGUAUGGGAGACAUAGAUGAAAUGCUAGAUGUUGCUUAUAUUUGGAAACACAAUGACUUACGUAUCAGAGAUGGAGAUCUCAUGAAUAAUCCAAGAUUACGUAUAGAUGGGGAAGAACUUAAUAUAAUAAAUGCUACGUUUGCCGAAGCUGGAGAAUAUGAAUGUAUAAUUAAAAGUGCUGUAGGUGAAAUUUCUAGCAAAACAAUAGUAACAAUAGAAGGGCCACCAGGACCACCUGGAGGUGUACAAGUUGUAAAUAUUGUAAAAACUUCUACAACUUUACGUUGGACAGAUGGUGCUUUGAAUGGUAAACCCAUUACAAUGUAUACAGUAAGUGCAAGAACCAACUGGAAUCAUACAUGGUUUAAUGUCAUAGAAAAUAUAACUGCCAUUGAAGUAGAUAGGUACAACGGUAGAAAAGAAGCCUAUUUAGAGAACAUUUUAAAACCUUAUACUACUUACUCGUUUGCUGUAUCUGCAUAUAAUGAAUUAGGUUACAGUUUACCAUCAUCGCCUUCUCCGCAGUAUAGCACUCCAUCAGAUAAACCAAGUAGAGUUCCAUCAAAUAUAGGUGGUGGAGGAGGGAAAAUUGGAGAUCUUACCAUUAAGUGGGAUCCUUUACCACCAUCAGAUCAAAACGGUCCCGGAAUUUAUUACAAAAUCUUUUGGCGUCAAAAAUAUCAUGAAAAGGAAUAUCAGUCAUUGUCUUUGAAAGAAUAUGGCAAUGUUGGGAGAAGUGUUGUACAAGUACAGCAACAAUAUUAUUAUACAGAAUACGAAGUUAAGGUCCAAGCAGCUAAUGCUUUAGGUUUUGGACCAAUUUCCGACGCAGUCACGAUAUUCAGUGCAGAAGACAUGCCACAAGUAGCUCCGCAACAAGUGGUUGCCCAUAGCUACAAUAGUACUAGUUUGAAUGUUAGCUGGUCCUCAAUUGAACAAACUCGAGAAAAAAUACGAGGCAAAUUAAUAGGUCAUAGAAUAAAGUAUUGGAAAGAAAGCAAUCGAGAAGAAGAUGCAGUAUAUUAUUUGUCUCGAAGUACAAGACCUUGGGCUCUUGUAGUUGGUCUUCAGCCAGAUACUUACUACUAUGUUAAAGUAAUGGCAUACAACACUGCUGGAGAGGGCCCUGAAAGUGAACGAUAUUUAGAAAGAACAUAUCGAAAGGCACCACAGAAACCACCAUCUUCUGUUAAUGUAUAUAGUGUAAAUCCUUCGACAAUUAGAGUUGUGUGGCGUUACGUACAACCAAGUUUAGAAGAGGAACCAUUAAUAGGAUACAAAAUACGAGUUUGGGAAUUAGACCAAGAUAUGAUUACGGCAAAUGAUACUAUUAUAAGAGGUGGUUCAAAAUUAGAAGCCGAUAUUACUAACCUCAGUCCUGGUAAAGCAUACCAUCUGCGUGUACUUGCAUACAGUAACGGAGGAGAUGGACGCAUGUCAAGCCCGACCCACACAUUCCAAAUGGGAGAUGCAACAGCUUUUAGAAGUACUGCCAGCAACAAAAUCUUGGAUGCAGCUCUUGGCAUAUCUUUGUUAGUACUUUUACAUAUUUUUGAAUACGUAUAACAUACAAAUACUUUUUAUAUGAUACGUACUGAAAGGACUACUUAUAACAACAAAUGUGUAGAACAGUAAGAUUUUUAUACGCGGACAAUAAUUAUAUUACAGUA